AUGACAAGAAACAAAAUUACACUCACAUGGAUAGCCAACGACUCUUCAAGAAAAGCUGCCCUCAAAAAAAGAAGGGCGGGCUUGUUUAAGAAAACCAAAGAGCUUUCGGUAUUAGCAGACGUGAAAUCAUGUGCUGUUGUUUACAGUCCGGAAGAGGUCAAUCCGGCAUUUUUCCCAUCUUACGAAGUCGUCAAGGGAAUGUUCGAGAAGUUCAUGAGCAUGUCAAUGGUGGAAAGAAGCCAGAAAAUGUUGACACAUGAGGGUUACCUCAGGCAGAGGGUCAUCGGCGAAAUCGAGAAAAGGGACCGGGAAAAGAGAAAAAAUGACAAGCGAGAGGCUCAGGAGGAAAUGAACAAGAUAUUCGAAGGUAGUGAUUUGAGAGAACUAGACAUAGGGAGGCUAAAUAAACUCUCUUUGUUGGUAGUUGAUAAGCUCAAGGAGCUGGAGAAAAGGGAAGAAGGGCUGCUUCAGCUGGCGGCUCCUCCUCUCUCACCGCCAGCUCCUCCUCCUCCUCCUCUUCCUCUUCCUCUUCCUCUUCCUUGUGAAACGAUAGGAGUGGAGGAAUAUUUGGGUAGUUCAAUUAACCCAACAUGGAUCCAGGAGUUGAUGAAUGAUAACUGGUUCAUGGAAACAAUGGCUCUUUAUCAGCAGGACAUUCCUUGUGGUCCUAGCUGGGUACUAAGUGAUUUUGGGAUUAUGCCCUCGGAGCACCACGCAGCUGGAAGUGUAAGAGCCGGUGAAAGAAGAGGAGCUUCCGGAGAACCUUCUUAA